GAAUCAGUUUGCGCACUUUGCAUAUUGUGGAGCAUUUUCUUACCUUAUCAGCUUAUCUCAUAUUUCUUCCCUAACACAAACCACAUUUUUCAAUUAUAGCCGUCUAUCCAUCAAAACUCUUGAACCCAGAAAAAACCACCUCCCCAAAGAAAAUUUAAAACAGAGCCAACUUUCUUUCAGUUUCAUUAGAUUUUACUAAUUUCUUGUGUCUUGUUGUGUUGUUUCUCCAAAAAAACAAAAACAAAAACAAAAAUGUUAGAUCCCUUAAGAAUAUUGGAGAGGAUGAAUAAGUAUAUAUAAGCAAGGCAGCUCAAGAUCUUCUUGGCGAAGUUAAUUGUGGAAGAAGACAUAUGAAUCCUGCUUGUUUGCAAGCUCUUUGUGUUAAAUCGUUUGGCAGGAAGGCUUCUUGAACGGGAAUUUGAGUGGACAAAUGGAAAAGCUAAUUACUUCUUCUUAACUAUACAGUUGUUGAGAUAUAUUAUUGCCAGAAUGAUCAGUGAUGAUGUAGUGCCAGUGAUCUCCUUUAUGAGAUUAAAUUAUUUUGAGGUGGACAGCUUGUGAAGACUUGUUGAUGUAAUUUACCGAUGUGCAAAGAAGUGGAGUUAAGUUAAGCUUUGCAAAUCUGCCUUGGUUGUGAGGGAGGAGACCGAUGUCGCACUUUCUUUGAAUCUUGAGGUCUUCAAAUACGCUCUCGUUGAGUCAAGGGAAAAAAUGAAUUGUAUCGGCUCGAACUCAAGAUUUCGAAUGCAAUUCGAGAGGAAAUCCUUGGUUCAAUUUCACAACCAAUGAUGAAGCUGUGCCGGGUUUUGGGAUGCGGUCCAUUUCAGGCCAUUUCUUGUUUUGAAAUGGAACUAGAGGAAGAAGCCCUUGUUAUCAUGGAUUGGGUUAUUCCUCUUUUUGGCUCCCAACUGCCAAGAGAGUAUCUAUAUUUGAUAACCUAAAAGAAAACUUGAGAUUCUUGAAGAACUUUGUUGGAUUUCAAGGAAUUGGUGCUACGCUGAUGGGAGAUCUCUUGUUACAUGUUCAAGGCUUGGUUUUUGAUCUCGCGAGCUACAUUUUCAAGCAAUUUCUUUCCUCUGAUAGUCCUGAUGUUGACGAUUCCGACUAUAGCCAACUUAGAAAAAAAAUCGAGCCUGUUCAUCCCUAUGUUUGCGCGAUUUAUUUGGGAACCAUGAAGGAAGCUUCAAAGGUGUCACCACGGUCAUCUAACCGUGCUGCUCAAGGUAGUCAUACACUUUUGCUGGCAGAUUUUGUUGAUUCCCUCCUCUUGCUUCUUUCAAAGUUAUUAUUCCAUGGUUCCAGUUCUACAUGCAUCUUUCAUCAUCAAAUGCUUAAAGUACACGAUGGAUUGAGAUACUUGAGAACCACUCUUAGAGCGCGCCAUGACGAGGUUAAUAAUGCGUGGAUGAAAAUGGAAGAAACCAUCCAAGUCUUGAUCAGUGAGGCUGAAUCAUAAUUUUCUCUCUUUUUCUUGAAGUCAAAGACGAAGGAGGCAUGGCUGAGAAAUUUGAGCUUUUGUUUUCCGAGUUCGACAUAAACAUUGAGCUUGUUAAGGGAGCAUAUCAACAAGAGGGACGGAGAUUUCCGCUGAAGUUAGCGUCCUACUUUCCUCGAACGAAUUUGCUAGGGUUUAUUGAUUCCGUUAUCGAAAAAUGAAGUCAGUAAAUCUAUAUGAAGCGGAUUCAGUAUUGGCCUUAAAAAAGGAUAAGUUCCAUAGUAUCAGUGAUGAUCUUGAGUUUAUAAGAACUUUGUUGGCUGAUGAUGUAGGGCAAUUCCAUCAAAAUGAGAAGCUCCAAACUUUGUGGAGUUGCAUUUGGGCUAUAGCCUACGAGACAGAGUUUGUCCUCGAUUAUAUGGCCAUUGGAGGGGUCCUCGGGGGUCUUGCCGUGCCCCUCAAUAACAUCAUAGAAGAUAUCAAACUUAUUAGAAAUUCGGAAAUUUUGCAUAGCAUGGGACAGAUCACCAAAGUCCAAAACAGUACUAAAACCGAUAAGAGUAAGAUACUCUCAUUGGGUAAGAUUCCUACUUUCAGUGAGCAGUUUGUGGGCUUGGAUGAUGAGGCAGAAACAAUCAUGAAUCGACUCCCAAGAGGUACAAAAAAUUUGGAUGUCGUCUCCAUUGUUGGUAUGGCUAGGUUGGGAAAAACAUCUAUGGCAAAGAAAGUUUAUCAGAGUCCCUCUAUAUUGUAUCACUUUAACACUCAUUCAUUGCUUGAGAGCUUAAAAGGUCUUGGAAAUGAUUUUGCUGUAGAAAUGAGUGAAAAUGAUUUGGCCAAUGCUCUCCGCAAAUGUUUGAAGGGAAAAAAGUAUCUGAUCGUCCUGGAUGAUGUUUGGGAUAUUGAAGCAUGGCGAAACCUGGAAAAUUCAUUCCCAAAUGAUUACAAUGGAAGUAGAAUUCUCUUGACAAGUAGACAUGAGAAUAUUGCUAUGCAAUUCCAACCACACAGCGAACCUGCUCACCAGCUUCGUCACCUCAAUGAUGUUGAGAAUUGGGAUUUGUUCGAGAAAAAACUAUGUUCUAAAGACUUCUGUCCUCCAGAAUUACUUGAACGUGGGAAGGUAAUAUCACGACACUGUAAGGGUGUGCCUUUAAUGAUUCUAAUUGUUGUUGGACUUCUUUCAAGUAUGGAGCCAGAUCAGUGGGACAAAGUGGAACAAAGUCUCAAAAAAGGUACUGCAUCAAUUACAAAUAAAUGCAUAAAAACCCUAGACUUGAGCUAUCGCAACUUGCCAGAGUACCUAAAACCAUGUUUCCUUUACUUUGGUGUUUUCAAAGAAGACCGAAAAAUACACGUUCGAGAAUUUUCAUGGCUAUGGAUUGCAGAAGGAUUCGUGGUGGCGAGAACUCAAAAAGAAAUCUUAGAGGACGUUGCCGAGAGUUACAUGAGAGAGUUAAUACAGAGAAAUUUAGUUAUGAUUGCUAAGAAAGGGUCAGCAGGAAAGGUGAGGCAUUGCGUUCUUCAUGAUCUGUUGCAAGAGUUCUGCGUGGUGAAAGCAAAUGAAGAACAUUUUUUGCAUAAGCUUGGUGCUUUUACUGAACCAACCACGCUAUACCGUACAAGUGUUAAUUUUAGGAGAGUUGAAGAUUUUCUGGAGUCAAACCUAAUCUCUCCUCGGUUACGCACUUUGUUUGUCAGCAUGGAUUUUGAUUUUAACUUUGAUUCCAACAGGCGUUGGAUGGGUAUCAUGUACAAGAUUUUUCAAUCAAAACUUCUAAGAGUUUUAGUUUUAAAUGAAUUCUACGUUUUAGUUUUAAAUGAAUUCUACGGGUUCGUCACCGUUCCAAGCGGAAUCCUUCCACUUGCGCACUUGAAGUACUUGGCCUUGAGAACUGGAUAUAGUGACUCCAAGCUUCCACCGUCAUUUGUCAAUCUCUCAAAUCUACAGACUUUUAUUGCUCAUGGAUGUGGGAGGAUUCACCUACCAAAUACUUUGGGUUACAUGACAAAAUUAAAGCAUUUGUCUAAAACAUAUGGUGGUGGAUGGGUAUUUGCAUGGGAGAAUGUUGAACAUCUCUCCAAUUUAGAGAAUUUAAAUCAUAUUUCCAAGGUAUGGUUUUCAAGUCUCCAAACAAUGGCAGAAGUGAUCAGAAACUUUGCCAAUAUCCGUACACUUAAAUGCUAUCUUGAUACGGAUAAAGAGAAGGAUGUGAACUUGGAGUUUGUAAACCUGGAAUUUUAAGUCAACUUGAGUUACUCACAAUCUAUUGUGGUUCUCCCCUUGGUCAUCCCUUUUAGUUUCCUCAAAAUCUAAAAAGCCUCUCACUGUCAAGGCUUGGGCUUCCGUGGAGUGAAAUUUCAACAAUUUAUAGACUACACAAUCUUGAAGUUCUCAAGUUAUGGUAUAAUGCAUUCAUAGGAGACGAUUGGGACAUGCCAGAAGAAGAAGAAACAUUCCCAAAUCUCAGAUAUCUUAAAGUGCGCAGCUUGAAGUUACGCAAGUGGACUGCCGCCGUUGAUAAUUUUCCUCGUCUAGAGAAAUUAGUGUUGUCAUGGUGUGAUCGGUUGGUGGAGUUACCUACUUGUUUUGCUGAAAUCUCAACUCUUGAGAUAAUUGAGGUAUAUGACUAUUAUGAUGCCCUUGACUCAAUAAAGGAAAUUCAAGAAAUGAAGGAGGAAUGGGGAAAUGACAAUCUCAAAAUCCUUAUAGGCCACACAAUGGAAGAGUAAGUGCGAGUGAUCAUCCUGUUACGGUUUCUUUUCUUUUUCUUUUUCAUUUUCUAUUAUUCAAGGUAAGAUAUAUGAUUUCAUUCAAUGCAAAACAGGUUUUCAUUUCGUAAUAAUAUAAUCAAGUUAGAUAACAUGAUUCUCCCUUGUUUCCUCAACUCUUUCAAUGAACUCGUAGUGCUCAAGUCUGGUUUUCUUUCCUAUUUUUGAUUUUUAUACUUUUGAAAAUUGAAUUUAAUUAACUGAAUGAUUGAGGUAUUUUACUGUAGAGGUGCCACCGAGUCAAUAUAGCAAAUUCAGGACAUCCUCUGGAUUAGUUUGUACCAUGUUAGGGAGCCUCUUCUAAAAGAAAAUGGUCUUUCUCAAAAUGGAUGGAUACAACUGGAAGUAUAUGGUCCAUGAAGCAUAUUCAUCAUGAAGAUCAAAGUACUCAUUAUUUCUGUCUUGAACCUCUAAACAAGGUACUCAUCUCUAGUUAAAUGAUCUAUAAAUAUUCUCGUACCCGGGUAUAAUGGAUAGUUAGUUUGACUGAACAUUUUGUGAAUUUUUGAGCUUGCGAAAGCAUUGCGAUUUUAAUUACCAUGCGAAAGCAUGCAAUUUAAUACGAGCAGAAUCUAUAUUUCAAACUAUUCUUAGAUUGAAGGAGUUUACUGUAUUGUUAGACAAAGAAGGGCUCCCAUUCCACUGAAUCGUUCAGCAAAAGUACUAAUCAACACACAACUAUAAAAAUGACUUCCCACAAAUAGGUAUUCUGCACUAGAUUUUAUCCAAUGAAAGUGAUUUCGGGAAUAUGACUUGAAUCCAACUUUCAAUCUGACUAAAAAAUUCAUUAAAAUAUUGACUUCACAGUCAGGAAAUCAGUGGAGUUACGCAUGCAAG